UUGCAUCCACAUUCGAGGAGAGAGGAGCAUUGGUAGUACUACACCACCACUCCAACUGGACUUGUCUUCUCUGGGCUGCACCAGAAAACCCCCGAACAGCUCCCUCCCCAGGUCUCCCCGGGAUCCGUGUUUUGCAUCGCUCCUCAAUUUGCAUUUCUUCCUCAGAUUUUCCGUGCGACGGGUUCAGCCGCUCAAAACCAGCGGGCGCUUCACGGCUCGGUUAUACGCGCGCCUCCAUUUCCAAAGCAAUACGCACAGAGAGAAAGCCUGUGGAUUUUUUUCUCCCCCCAUUUUAUUUUUUCUUUGAAUAAUGUUGCCGAACCUCCACGAGCAGGGAAACUGAGGACAUUUUGAGUUACUGAUAUUUCUGUCGCGCACCUACGGAGACAGACACGUGUCUUCUGGGUACGCAGAAAGGGCUAGGUCGUGCCAGCAGAUUUCAUUGUUUAUUUUCCCCUUUUGUUUGUUACGAAGGAGCCGGUUCAAGCUUGGCGACGAGCUAUACAUUUCAGUUUGUGCGCCUUGGUGAUAAAGACGCAUUUGGAGAUGUCGGAAGUGUUGCCUUUCAACGAAGAAAAUAUGAGUCAUUAUGGAAAUGAGGGCGACGAGGGACACCUUUCCUUCACCUGUCGUCUUCAAGACACCAACAACUUCUUCAGCGGCUCACAGAACAAACGUCCGCCGAAACUCGGGCAAAUAGGCAGGAGCAAACGGGUUGUGAUUGAGGAUGAGAAUGGCGACGACGAAGCGCAGAAAAAUGGAACAGAGAAGACUCCGGCAGAGGCUUAGAGUGGUCGGCACACCACCCCCCCUCAAAAGACACUCUUUAAAUUUUCUAUGGCGAUAUUUACCAGUUUUAAUCCAAAGACACUGUAUAUAAGCACUUUCUCUCAUGUGGCAGCAAGCAGCACUUCCACACCCUCCUCUCCCAGUCAGUCAUGACUGUCUGGAUGACACAUGCUGGCAGGGGUGGGAGAUGGCAGCAAAGGAGACCCCCAGGUGGACCCUCCCCCCUCACUCCCAACACACACUUACACUAACACACACGCACACACACCCUCAACUACAGGGUUUUGCCAUAAAUACAAACGCAGGAGAAGGCAAUGGGGAAGGGGGAGGGCAAGGGGUGCAGUGGUGGGGGGGUAAAGGCAGGAGGCAAUGCUGUCGAAAUGCAGAAAUCAGGGACAGGAUACAAAAAUAAAUCUAAUAUAAAACCUAAAGCACACAAUUCUCCUAUAUCUUAUCAAUCAAACCUGUGGUACCAUUUGUUCUGCUCCUCAUUUUGAGCGAGGGCAAAUGAAUAGCAGUUUGUAAAUAUGGAAAGGGUAGCCCAUAUUUUCUUGCACAAAGUGGGAAUUGGUAAACUGGUUUGUUUCGUGUUGAAGACUUUAUUUAUUAUUGAUCCUUGGGAACAUGUCUUUUGCAGUGACUUAAGGCCUGAGGGAGUGUUUUUUUGUAUGUUGAGAAAACUGUGAGCAAACGAGAGUGAUAUUUUUUUCACUUAACAAUUCUUGAUGUUGCCUGAGUGUUUUUUGUUACCAUACUUUGCAGCUAACGAGUCAUUUAUAUACCGUGUACCUCCCACCUGUUUGUAAGCUUCCCAGGCUUUCACCUGGAUUGGUUGAUACUGUAACUUGACUGUACACACCUUAUUGAUAACAAAAAAAAGACUAUUUAUAUUGCAUUGUGCAUUAUUGUGUGUGCCAAAUCUCAUGAGGGAUAUACUGUACCGGACAACUUGUUCUUUUUCGUGCUUUAUACAUUUACUCGUUGAGUUCAAUUGUUUUGUUGGGUUGCCAUUUUUUAGGGCUCUUUCUUAAAACACUGAAAUACCGACUCAUGCAUGGCAAAUAUAAAAUCAUGCAUGCAUGGCAGAAAAUUCUGAAAAUCUUGUGUAUUCUUGAAGCACCUCGUAUACAGCUUUGAAUGACAAACCUCGAGAAACAGUCUUAACUCUGCGUUGUACUGUACGAUUCACACUGAUUUGUACAGUGGCCUAAUAUCUUGUAAUAAAGAUUAUGACAAAGUA